AUGGAGGACCCCACCAGCAAAGGAGAUGAGUCGUCGAAGAAGGCCCCCGCGACAUCAUCAUCUUCAAGCGGGAGAAGGGGAAAGGAAGUCUCGGUAAACGCCGUCCAUACGGCGCAACAGGCCCCCCAGCAAUAUUUGAUGAACUACACGGCGGCGCCUCCCGCAGCCCCCUCAUUCGCCCCGCAGGCACCUCAGUAUCGAUCUCAAGCCCCUGCCCAAUCGAUCUACUAUUCCGCACCGCCGCCUCCGCCCCUACCUGCAGUAUCAUCGCCCGUCGUCCACCAUUAUGCCCCUGUUCCAUCCCAAGCUCCUCAAUAUCAACCUCCGGCUCCUAGGACUACUCAGCCGGCACAACGGGCCCCGCCCCCGCAAAGUUAA